ACCUGACAUGCUCUUUUCCACAUCACCCUCUUGCACGCCCAGUCUCUACCCGAGACGUCCUGAAUGGCGGGUCGCAAGCGCAAGGCACCCUCUCGGGCGACGCGUUCGGAUCCUGACGUUCCCAACAUCUACCAUGACAUGCUGGAGGAGGUUGGCGCUGGUGACCCUUCGUUACCCGACCAGCCCUCGAGAAAGCGCAGACGACCUGGAGAAAAAAGUGCACACAGCCCAGGAAAGCACGCGGAUGUAGAUGCCCAGGAAGACCCGGAGGAAGAUGACGACGAUGUAGAAUUUGAGGACGUGGUGAUCCCAGCGCCUAACGUCCAGACCAUCUACAGAGACUCGGACGUCGAUGAUAGCGACGACGACGAGGAACUCGAGUUUGAAGACGUUGACAUAGGGGCCGUUUCGACCAGUCCUACUAGGCCCGCCGAGCAGAUGACUGCCAGCAUAGAGCUGAACCUUAGCGCACACAAACCGAGCGCCCAUGGAAAGGGAGUCCAGGACAGGAGAAAGCCCAUGACCAGAGCAGAGAGAGAGCGUCGCAUUCAAGCCCACAAGAUUCAUGUUCUCUGUCUCCUUGUACACGCGGCACGGCGAAAUCGGUGGUGCAAUGAUGAGGAAGUCCAGCAACGGCUACGAAAAUUGUUGUCGCCAAAGAUUACCUCCUGUUUCCGUCCGCGGGCAAAUCUGUCCCAGUUUGGCCGAACGGAGGCACUGAAGGACGGCCUUCAACAGAUCAGUAAAGUGUUCCGGGCCAAGUUCCACAUAACCGAGCGUGGUCUGCGCAGGGCCAUGUGGGCAGAUGACCCGGAGCUGUUAUCCAAGUACGAUCCGCCAGACGACCUAGACUCAUGCCUCAAUACGGACGAGUUUCGGGGAUCGGCGCGGACCUUGCAAGGCUCUCGGGAUGUCGGGGCGCAACUUUUUUGCGCCCUGUUGAGGUGCGCAGGCCUCCGAGCACGCCUCAUCUGCUCGCUACAGCCCCUGGCAUUCGCGGCCGGCGCUCCUACCUUACCGAAGCCGCGGGAAAGGCAGACGACGAGCCAACCGGGCCUGGCCAAAACGGGCGCUGCUACACCAGCGAGGCCUACCCCGAAUUCCUCGAUGCCCUCUCCCGGCACCGGACCAUCGGCCAGGCGACGAUUAGGGUACUCACGUGCCGCAGCGUAUCAGAUCCCCGCUGUGGUGCCACCAUCUCCCGUGGCUAGUCCCAAGAAGGCGGCCAAGCCAAUACGGGAGUCCCCUUUCCCCGUGUAUUGGGUAGAGGUUCUCGAUGUCGCCCACCAAAAGUGGCAACCUGUCGACCCGAUAGUCACGGAAUCCAUGUGGAAACCUGGCAAGUUAGAACCUCCAGCGUCAGAUCGAGACAACUGCAUGAGCUAUGUCGUGGCAUUUGAAGCAGACGGGACGGCGCGCGACGUGACGAGGAGGUACGCCAAGGCCUAUACGGCAAAGACGCGUCGACUGCGGAUUGACUCGGACAUCGACCAUGGCGGCCGGUGGUGGCGUAUGGCCAUGAAGUAUUACACCCGACGCAGACCGACGGACGUCGACCAAAUCGAGGACAACGAGCUUUCAGCGAUAGCACUGCGGGAGCCCAUGCCUCGGAAUGUGGCGGACUUCAAGGAUCAUCCCGUAUACGCCCUCGAAAGGCAUCUCCGACGGCACGAGGUCCUCGUCCCCAAUGCCCAGCCGGCCGGAACUAUAGCGGCGGGGAACAAGGGGAGCUUGGAAAAGAUUUACCGGCGCGAAGACGUGCGCUUGGUGCGGAGCCGAGAAAAGUGGUACCGGCUCGGACGUCAAGUCAGGGCGAUGGAGCUGCCGGUCAAAUUCGUGCCGCGGAAAGCCAACGCCAAGGUCGGCGACUACGUCGAUGAUGGCUACGGAGGGGACGAGCGCGAGGCCGCGGGCACGCCAUUGUUCACGAUGGAGCAGACGGACCUCUACAGACCACCUCCGGUCAAGGACGGCCGGGUACCGAAGAAUAAGUUCGGCAACAUCGACCUCUACGUUCCCACCAUGGUGCCAGAGGGGGGAGUCCACGUAGCAGAUGUCGAAAGUCAGGAGCAUGAGCAUGAGCAUGAGCAUGAGCAUGAACAUAAGCUUGAGCGGUUGGCGGCGAGGGCGGCGUUCAUCCUACGCAUCGACUACGCGCCGGCACUCGUGGGGUUCCAGUUCAAGGGACGGCAGGGCACCGCGGUGCUCAACGGCAUUGUCAUCGCACGAGAACACGGGGAAGCUGUGCGGGCCGUAAUGGACGGCUUGAGGGAUGCGGAGACGGAGCGGGAGUCGGAACGGCGGGUGGCGCGUGCGCUUCGCAUGUGGAAACGAUUUCUGGUGGGGCUGCAGAUUCGCGAACGGAUUUAUGCUGGCGUGGACCCGGAAGAGAGGGCGCGGGAAGAAGAACGAUUGAUCAGUGGUAGUGGCAGUGGUGCUGCUGAGAACGAGUCGCUUACAAGGCCCCCCGAGGAGAGGAAGAGUCCACCCAGUGAUGACAUAGAAGAGUAUUGGGUCCCGGACGACGACGACGAUGGUGAUGGCGGCGGGGGUGGAUUCCUUCCGGAUUGAUUGGUUCCAAGACGGAUGUUUCGAAUGGGGGGGGGGGGUUCUUCUUUUCUUUUCUUCUUUUCUUUUCUUCUUUUCUUUUCCCC